GAAGAUGGCAGUAAAUCCUUCAGGACAAGGUUUUCAAAACAAAAACAGAGUUGCAAUCUUGGCAGAACUGGACAAAGCGAAAAGAAAAUCACUUAUGCAGAACCAGUCUUCACCAAAUCAUCCUGGAGCGAGCAUGCCCUGCAGCAGGCUCAUGCACAUUCAUCCGGAUACUUCGCAACUCAAGACUCUGCAUUUGGGAAUCUUAUUCUUCCAGUUUUACUUUCCCUUGACCCAGAAUGAAGAAAAUAUCUGUGAUGAAAGUGACUUUGUAAUACCAAAUGCCAAAGCUGCCAUCAUUCAGUGCUACACAAACAGUGACUUUCAGAGUUUCAGUGAACUUUGAUAUUUUUUGCUUCUUUAAA